AUGGCUGCCCGACGCCACUCCACCGGCCAUGACAGCCUCCCGAUGCACACUCAUCACCACGGCCACCACGACGCAGCAGAUCACGAGGGUCACGAAGGUCACGGUCACUCCAGCCGGCGGGAGUACUUGAGCCCGCCUGAGGACCGCCGCAAGGAGACGCACCUCAGCCCGCACCGCUACCACCACUCACACUCCCGCCGCAGCCCCCACCGGCACCCCAGCCUCCGUAGCAGCCGCAGCCCCUUCAGGCAACACCACUGCCCGCACUGCCACAAGCACAAGGGAAGCAACAGCCCUAGGGAGGAUCGCAGCCCCAGUGACCGCCACAAUCAAGAUGACCGCCACAGCCAGAACGGCCGCCGCAGCCCGAGUCGGCGUCUUAGUUCGACUGUCCACCCCGACGCUGCUGCCCGCCACGGUCAAGGCCACAGGCGGGGCAGCACAGACAGCCACCAAAGCAGGAAAAAGUAG